AUAACACACACACAUUAUAAUCCUGUGUUUAAUGCAACCAGCAAAUUUUUAAUGAUUUCCUAUGAAGAUUUUUAUUUCUAUUCCACCCUUAACUCCCUCCAUGUUCUCCACUCUACGGUCUGUUUAAAGAAUUUACUUAAACACUGAAGCCAUGCACUACUCUAAUAGAGGCUGUCCGUGGCUUCUGGGAGCUGUAGUUAAGACUAAGCAAACAACUACUCCUGCCAUAAUUCAAAUUGCCUUUCCAUUCCUUACUGCCCUAUUGUUUGGGCAAGUCACUACUCCCUCACAAGCAGCCACCUUGCUGUACAGGACCAGCACGUCUAAACUCAGUGGACCCUGCAGCAGCCUCACUUAUCCUUUCAAGGAACUACAUUUCCCACAAUUCAUCGGGGGCGCUUCCUGGUUUGUCGCUUCCUGCAGGCGCAAUGCUGAUUGGUUCUCCAGAUCACAUGCGCUACAGCGAUUGAAAAGGACAGUGUGUGAGGGAGAAGCGAUAUUGCCCCAACCAAAGGCUGUAGGGCACAGAACCAUGUACAGCCCUAGGAAACUCCUUGUAGCCGUCCUGGGUUACUGUCCCUGGCGCCGUUGCUAUAAGAGACAUAUGGCGGCUGCUGUCAGGAUAAGUGUGAGGGAGGCCCUGGCAAAAACUGAUGGAAGCACGGCCGUUGUUAAACUGCAGGGAUGGGUACGAUCUGUUCGGGCCCAAAAAGAAGUGCUCUUUCUACACAUUAAUGAUGGUUCCUCCAUGGAAAAUCUCCAGAUUGUGGCUGAGCCAGAUCUAAAGAACAGCAGUGUCAGUUUUGGGAGCUCAGUUGAAGUCCAGGGGAUGCUGGUAAAGAGUCUGCACAAAAAGCAAAACGUAGAGCUGAAAGCAGAAGGCAUUAGAAUUAUUGGACCAUGUGAUUCUGUUGAUUUUCCCUUUAAAUUGAAAGAGCGGCACAGCCCCGAGUAUGUCAGGCAGUUCCCUCAUUUGCGCUGCAGGACUCCCACAUUUAGUUCCCUAUUGCGAAUUCGCAGCGAAGCCACUGCAGCCAUCCAGGAGUUUUUCAAGGUAUUUGUAUGCGAUCUAACAAUCUUUGUGAAAGUAAGAAUUAGUAAGUUUUUAGUCCAACAAUCUGUGAAUGUUCCAUAUAAAGGCACAAGGCUGCAGGCUGAGGCUGCAAACAAGAGUCCUGCUGCCGGAGAAGAAUCCAGCUUUUUCGGUGUACCUGCAUUCCUAACAGUCUCGGGACAGCUUCAUCUUGAAGUCAUGUCAGGAGCAUUUUCCCGAGUCUUUACCUUCGGUCCGACAUUCAGAGCGGAAAAUUCCCAAAGUCGACGGCACCUUGCAGAGUUUUAUAUGGUGGAGGCAGAGAUUUCAUUUACAGAGAGUCUAGAGGACAUUAUGCAGGUUAUGGAGAGCCUUUUUAAAACCACAACCGCAACCUUACUGGCACGGUGCCCUGACGACAUAAACUUCUUCAGUAAAUAUGUGUCUCCUGGGCAGAAGGAAGUGUUAGAUAAGCUCCUAAAGAAUACAUUUAUUGUAAUGUCUUAUACAGAAGCUAUAAAUAUCCUAAAGAAGGCAAAGUGUCCCUUCCAGUAUAAGCCUGAGUGGGGCUGCGAUUUACAAACAGAGCAUGAGAAAUAUUUGGUAAAACACUGCGGAGAGGUUCCUGUGUUUGUUAUCAACUAUCCGCUGGAGCUCAAGCCUUUCUAUGCCCGGGAUAAUGAAGAUGGACCACAGCAGACAGCGGCUGCCGUGGACCUUCUUGUGCCGGGGAUAGGGGAACUGUUUGGGGGGAGCCUGAGGGAAGAGCGGCCCCAGCUUCUGCAGCAGAGACUUGACAGGUUAGGCCUUAAAGAUACAUACCAGUGGUAUUUAGACCUACGUCAGUUUGGAUCUGUUCCCCACGGAGGCUUCGGAAUGGGAUUUGAACGCUACUUGCAGUGCAUUCUGGGUGUAGAAAAUAUCAAAGAUGUCAUUCCGUUCCCAAGGUUUUCUCAUUCCUGUCUAUUAUAAGGUCAUUAAAUUCCCUCACUAUAAACAUA